AUGGCAGUGGGUGCUGAAGCUGAUGCUCAAGAGACCUCGUCGUCUGCAGGGUCAUCUCUAUUCAAGAAAAAGUCAAGAGGUCCUCGUUUGGUUCGCAAGCGCAGCACAUCUCCCAGUGCUGCCGUCAGCAGGAGUGGCGAGGGCGUUGGCUCGCAUGGCGUGCUCGAAGCGAGCGAGCCGGAGGAGAGCACGUCGGUGGUGCAGAGAAAAAAGACGAGCGCUUACAAUCCGCUCAGGCAGGGCACGGGUCGCAAGCGUCAGCGAGUCGGUGGCGAGGGCGAGGGCGAGGGCGAGGGCGAUGAGGGGAUAUGGUCCGAAGAUGAGUUGCAAUCUGGAUCGGAUGCAGAGUCGAGCAAGCCUGCACCAGCGCAUCAUCUAGACCGAGCAGGCACCCAGAGCAAAGUGCAGUCUCAUGCCUGGGCAUCAGCUCCAGCGAGCACCUCUUCGGCAUUCGAGUACAAGUACGCCGAGGAUGAAGCGAGGGGAGCAGUUGCUGUCUCUGUCGACAAGCACUACGGCGGCGAUGCAGGCCAAAGUGCCAAGGCGUCGAAUGCGGAUGGCAUGUAUCGAGGCAAGGCGGCAUACGACACGUACCUCGAAACGAGGGACAAUGGCAAGAGCUCGAGCUUCAAUGCAGCGGCAAAAGGUCCCAUCAAGGCCACUGCCAAUGUGCGAACAGUCACAGUCACAGACUACCAGCCAGACAUUUGCAAGGACUACAAGGAGACCGGCUACUGCGGCUUUGGCGAUACCUGCAAGUUUCUGCACGACAGGUCGGACUAUCUGGCAGGCUGGCAGAUGGACAGUCUCUCCAAUACCGCUUCGCGUCAGAUCGAAGCGGAGGAGUCGGACGAGGAGGAGGAGAUUCCUUUUGCGUGCUUGAUCUGCAGGCAGCCAUUCACCGAUCCCAUCGUCACUCGUUGCGGCCACUACUUUUGCGCAUCUUGCGCCAUCAAGAGGUACGCAAAGACGCCCAAAUGCUUUGCGUGCGGUGCUCAGACGCAGGGCAUCUUCAACUCUGCUACAAAGAUUCUGCACAGGAUGGAGCGGAGGAGAGAGGCCAAGGCUGA